AGCAGUCGUGCAGGCUCCGCCAUGAUGAGCAGCGGAGGGAUCGGGGUGCCGCUAGGCUUCCCCUUGGGCCCCACGUCUGUCAUCCAGGUCACGAACGUCUCCUCGACAGUGACCAGUGAGCAGAUGCGGACUCUCUUCGGCUUCCUGGGAGAUAUCGAGGAGCUGCGCCUCUAUCCCCCGGACAAUGCACCUCUUACUUUUUCCUCCAAAGUAUGUUAUAUUAAGUUUCGUGAAGCAUCAAGUGUUGGUGUGGCCCAGCAUCUAACAAACACAGUUUUUAUUGACAGAGCUUUGAUAGUUGUACCCUGUGCAGAAGGUAAAAUUCCAGAUGAAGCCAAAGCCCUUUCUCUAUUGGCGCCUGCUCCUACUAUGGCAAGCCUGAUGCCUGGUGCAGGGUUGCUUCCUAUACCUACACCAACCCCUUUGACUACACUUGGCGUUUCACUUGGCACUUUGGGGGCUAUACCAGCAGCAGCAUUGGACCCUAACAUUACAACACUGGGAGAAAUACCACAGCCACCUAUUAUGGGGAAUGUGGACCCAUCCAAAAUUGAUGAAAUUAGAAGAACAGUCUAUGUUGGAAACUUGAAUUCACAGACUACAACAGCAGAUCAACUGCUUGAAUUUUUUAAGCAAGUUGGAGAAGUCAAAUUUGUGCGAAUGGCAGGUGAUGAGACACAACCAACUCGAUUUGCUUUUGUGGAAUUUGCAGACCAAAAUUCUGUACCUCGAGCUCUUGCCUUUAAUGGAGUUAUGUUUGGAGACAGGCCACUGAAAAUAAAUCACUCCAAUAAUGCAAUAGUGAAGCCUCCUGAAAUGACACCACAAGCUGCUGCCAAGGAACUGGAAGAAGUGAUGAAGAGAGUAAGGGAAGCCCAGUCUUUCAUAUCUGCUGCUAUUGAGCCAGAGUCUAGAAAGAGCAGUGAAAGAAAAGGUGGUCGAUCUCGUUCCCAUUCUCGUUCAGAAUCCAGGUCUAGCUCAAAAUCCCAAUCUAGAAGGAAAAGAUCACACUCAAAACACAGGACACCAGCCACCCAUGAACCCUACGUUCAUGGUAAACAUCUGGUGAACCCCGACAUACGUGCUUGGGGACGAUCGAACAUCGGACUGCAGAGCCUGCGAGGAUCCUGCUGCCAGCGAAGUUAUAGCUGGGCGUCAGGAGAAAGGCAGAUCGUGCACGGACUGACUGAUCGCGAUCGAACAGCCCCCACCCCCUCCCACCUCAAGCAGUGUGCCCUAAGGACGGACCGAGACGGGAGGGCGAGGCAAGAUAAAGGGCUGCUGGAAGACACGGGAAGGCAGAGGCGCCCGGAGCACUCCCCCCCUCCCCGCACCGCUCCGCUUUACAAAGGACGGCAACUAUGGAAUUCCGUAAAGCCCGCCCACGACAUUCUUUGA